UCUCUACUGCCGUGUUGUUAGGUUAUCUCGUGCGUGUGCACACCAUUCGCGAGCCCUCUUGUCAUUUCGUUUCGUCUCGUCGUCGUCGUAUAACACACCACAAUGUCCAAGAGAGGACGUGGUGGUUCCGCCGGAGCCAAGUUCCGUAUUUCUCUCGGUUUGCCCGUCGGUGCCGUCAUCAACUGCGCUGACAACACCGGUGCUAAAAACUUGUUCGUCAUUGCCGUCCAGGGCAUAAAAGGUCGUUUGAAUCGUUUGCCGGCCGCUGGAUCAGGUGACAUGAUAGUUGCCACAGUUAAGAAGGGAAAGCCAGAACUCCGUAAAAAAGUAAUGCCAGCGGUAGUCAUACGACAGCGGAAGCCUUUUAGAAGGAAGGACGGGGUGUUUUUAUAUUUUGAAGACAAUGCCGGGGUGAUAGUCAAUAAUAAAGGCGAAAUGAAAGGGAGUGCGAUUACUGGUCCUGUAGCAAAAGAAUGUGCAGAUUUGUGGCCUAGGAUUGCAUCAAAUGCUAGCAGUAUUGCUUGAAUUUUGUUUUGAACUAUGUUGUAUGUGUUGACUACAAUAAAAGCCUGUAUUUACUGCAAUU